ACACAAGCCAUGUAAUUUCUGCGCAGGUCAAAGCUUUCUGCAAGAAAAAAAACACAGGCAAAAAAAAGCAUCAUUAGCUUUAGCUUUGCCGCCCCGUGUAGCAGCCAGCCUCCACCCCUCUCUGUGUCAUUUUAUUUUUAUGUUUUUCAGCGUCACAUCCCCCUGGCUGGAGGAAUGUAGAGACGGAGUGCUUUAAAAAUAGCAUCCUCUGCUCUGACAGCGCUGCUCCGGAGGCUCCGCAGCACUGUGGUGCGACAAGCAGGAAUGCGAAGAUGGCUACAGACCUCGGAGAGCUGCUGGUCCCAUACAUGCCCACCAUCAGAGUGCCCCGGACAGGAGACAGGGUUUUCAAGAGCGAGUGCAUCUUUUCCUUCGACUCUCCCGAGUCGGAGGGCGGCCUGUACGUGUGUAUGAACACAUUCCUCGGCUUUGGACGGGAACAUGUGGAGAGACAUUAUCGCAAAACAGGACAGAGCGUUUACAUGCACCUCAAACGGCAUGUCAAAGAGAAAGCCACAGGAGCGGCAGGAGGCGCCAUCCCCAGACGAAGAAAUGGAAAAGUGUUUCUAGAUUUAGAGCUAAACCGUGAUUUUAACGGAGAGGACUAUGAAUAUGAAGACGAGGCCAAGCUCGUCAUUUUUCCAGACCACUUCGAGAUCCCCUUACCAAAUAUUGAGGAGUUGCCCGCACUGGUCACCAUCGCCUGUGACGCAGUACUCAACGCACCAUCAGCUUACAAGAAACAGGAGCCUGAAUCCUGGGAGGAGGAGAUCCAGGUCUCCAGACAUGCCAGGAGCCUCAGACAGCUGGAUAAUGGGGUCAGGAUCCCGCCUAGUGGCUGGAAGUGUCAGAAGUGCGAGAUGAGAGAAAACCUGUGGCUGAACCUGACAGAUGGAGCUGUGUUCUGUGGAAAGUGGUUCUUUGAUGGGAGUGGAGGCAACGGUCACGCUCUGGACCACUACAAAGAGACCAAAUACCCCCUGGCUGUCAAACUGGACACCAUCACCCCCGACGGAGCAGAUGUCUACUCGUUUGAGGAGGAGGAAGCUGUGUUGGACCCCCACAUGUCAGAUCACCUGUCACACUUUGGAAUAGACAUGCUACAGAUGCAGAAAAGAACAGAAAAUGGCCACAACACAGACAAUAACGCCCGGCCGCGGGUCAGCGAAUGGGAGGUGAUCCAGGAGUCGGGCAUGAAGCUGAAAGCCGUGUUCGGUUCUGGUUACACAGGCAUCAAAAACCUGGGCAACAGCUGCUACCUCAGCACAGUGAUGCAGGUGCUCUUCAGCAUCCCAGACUUCCAGAGGAUGUAUGUGGGUAAUCUUCAGAGGAUAUUUGACUAUUCACCCCUUGACCCUAGCCAGGACUUCGCCACACAAAUGGCUAAACUGGGACAUGGACUGCUCUCAGGCCAGUACUCCAAACCACCCAUGAAAUCUGAGCUCAUUGAACAGGUGAUGAAAGAAGAAUACAAGGUAUUAAACUGGCACCAGCAGAAGGGCGUUUCUCCCCGGAUGUUGAAGGCCCUGGUCAGCAGGGGACACCCAGAGUUUUCCUCCAACAGACAACAAGAUGCCCACGAGUUCCUCCUACACAUGGUCAACCAAGUGGAGAGGAACAGUGCAGGCUCCGAGAAUCCCAGCGACGCCUUCCGCUUCCUGGUGGAGGAGAGAGUUCAGUGCUGCCAGACACGUCGGGUUCGUUACACUCAGCGGGUGGACUACUGCAUGCAGCUGCCAGCUCCCAUUGAGGCAGCCACCAAUCGAGAGGAGCUGCUGGCAUACGAGGCCAAGCGGAGGGAAGCUGAGGAGAACAUGCGUCCUCCUCCUGAGCCGGUUAGAGCGCGGAUCCCCUUCACUGCCUGCCUGCAGGCCUUCACAGAGCCGGAUAACGUCCCCGACUUCUGGAGCUCAGCGCUGCAGGCCAAGUCAGCGGGAGUCAAAACUUCCCGUUUCGCCUCCUUCCCAGAGUAUCUGAUUGUGCAGAUCAAGAAAUUCACAUUCGGGGUGGACUGGGUGCCGAAGAAACUAGACUUGGCCAUAGAUGUUCCAGACUUUUUGGAUCUGAACCGGCUGCGGGCCACUGGGCUGCAGGCGAGUGAAGAGGAGCUGCCUGACCUCAUGCCUCCCAUCGUGCUGCCUGAAGACACCAGAGAUAACUCCAUGGGCUCCAUAGACUCUCCAGAAAUAGACGAGGCGGCAGUAAUGCAACUGGCAGAGAUGGGCUUCCCGCUGGAGGCCUGUAGGAAGGCGGUCUACUACACAGGCAACAUGGGCCCCGAGAUGGCCUUCAACUGGAUCAUAGCCCACAUGGAGGAGCCUGACUUUGCAGAGCCUCUCACUCUGCCCUCCAUGUUGGAUCCUGGUCCCUCCACCAGCGACACCCCCAUGGGUGCCACCCCGCUGGCCAACUCGCCCCCUGAGGAGAGUAUCGCCAUCCUCACUUCAAUGGGCUUCCCCCGCGCUCACAGCAUCCAGGCACUCAAAGCCACGAACAAUAACCUUGAAAGAGCACUCGACUGGAUCUUCACCCACCCGGAGGAGGAGGAGAGUGACGCCCUUUCAGACAUGGCCGACACGGAGCCCAACGACAACGCUUUCUCCAACGCCAACUCACACAGCGACUCCACGCUGUCUCCAGACAGAGACACGUCGGGCCCAAGGGUCAAAGACGGACCGGGACGUUAUGAGCUCUUUGCAUUCAUCAGUCACAUGGGAGCAUCCACAAUGUCUGGACAUUAUGUUUGUCACAUCAAAAAGGAGGGAAGGUGGGUGAUCUACAACGACCACAAAGUGUGUUUGUCAGAAAGGCCUCCAAAAGACUUGGGCUACAUCUACUUUUACCAUCGACUGUCGAGCAGUUAAACUGAAGUUCCCGCCCCCCUCCUCCACCGUGCAACCAGUCUUUCUCCCCCGAAGACUGGCGCACAACUUUAAGAACAGCCACAGUGAAAACGAUGGAAAUAACCUCUCAGACCAGCUGCUCGCCUUACUGUGAUGUCAUUCAGGAGCAACCAGGAGCCCUGGUCAGAAAAGGAAAGCAAUGUGCUCUUUGUGCAUUUGUGUAUGUUAUGCUUUAAAUGUAUAUUUCAGUGUUUAUGUUUAAGAAAAGACAUUUUCUCGGCCGUGUAGUUACAGAGGGAUGUGUGCAAUUUCCACUUCUGUACACAAAAUAAUGUCACAUAUCAAAUCUCAUUGUUCCUCCUCUAUGCCUUCAGCUACUGUGCCAGUGUUUUCAAAGUGGUACAUUUUAUAAAUGUACAUUGAAAUGGCUUCACUGCCAGCCCUGAAAUGCUCUGAAGCUGUAACAACAAACACAAAUUCACCGCUGCUGGUGGCUCUGCAUUUUACUUUGAAAUACAAAAGAAUGUUUUUCAUCCCCGGGAAAUUACAGAGAUGUCAAGAAUUUAAAUGUUUUGGGUGGACAGUAAAUUAAAUUACCAACAAAUGGUAUGUUGAGACUGAAGCAGGGCAACCAGAAAGCCAUGAACAGGUGUUAACUGGACUGUAGUUAAAAAUACAGUAUUACUGGUUGAAUAAUGGCACAAACCUGCCCCAGUUCUACCGCGAGAUGACGUGCAAGUUUGUCCCGUUUAAUGAGAAACCUUCUGAGGUUUCUCUAGCAUUAUCAAGACAGAAGUAUUUUCCUUCCCUGAAAGCACUUUUUAACUAAAACAAGUUCAUAUUUCGCAGCUGAUGGAGUUGAAGUGGACUUUUUUAUUCACCAGCUUCAAAAGCAAUUGAAUGUGACAUCUUGAGUUUCAACUUUAGUCCUGCUGAACCUGUAAAUCCUUGAAGUGGCCAUUAGUCUGUAAAGAGAUGACAGUAUUUCAUAAAAUUAAUGCCUAAUAUAAGCAGCGCUGUGCUUAUUCUAAGAUCGCUAUUAAAUCCAAAGUGCAGUCUUUGAUUCACUACAUUUACUCCAAAUUGCAAGAAUAUUUCACAGUAGGCAAAACUUGAACUCUCAGCUGCAGCCGGUCCAGUUUGGUUCCUUUAUCACUCUGACAGAUUCAGACUGUGACCCAAAAGUUAAAAUGAAUGUUUUCCUUCACCUGUUGCCACGUUUUACAGGUCAAAAAAUUCAGUUAUGCAUCUUAAGCAAUAUAUGCAACUACAACCAAACCCACUGUAUGAUAAAAGCUGUGCAGUGACCUGUAUCUGUUGUUGGUGCAGUGCUGAAUGUAUAACUCCAUGGUGCUCACUGCAACCAAAACCUCCUGUUCAGCUUUAAACCACAGUGAACGUACAACUGGCCCUUACUAUCAAUAACCUCGUACUGGAUUAUCCACAGACUCUGUACUCUUCUCAUUUAUCUACUCAGUAUGUUCAUAACGUGCCAGACAGAUUUUCAACGUACAUAUUAUGUGGUCGUGAAUUUGCAGCCUCUGACUGAAUCUUGUUUUAUCUGUUGCAUCUCAUAUGGGCAGUGUAAUAUAUCAUAAAAGUGUUGGUAUUUUGUCAGCGGCACAAACACUUAAUUCCCUGGCAUGCGGUGAAACUGUCUCAAUUAUGCACUUUUGGGUGCAUAUUUUAAAGGGGAGUUCUGCUGAAAAUAGACUUUCUGAAUGUUUCAGUAUUCUGCAAAAAUUGACGGCUUCUUAAAGAUAUACUAUGCAGGACCCACUAGAAGUGUGUGGUGGUGUCUGUAUCUGCAGGUAUGCUACCUCCAGCCUGUAUUUUCUCUUUACUUUGGGCACAAAGCUACAAAAAUAGCAGCCACAGCACUGAAAAAAAGAGUCAAUCUGGAGUCACUGUCAUUGAGCCCAGAAGGAGGGGCCAAGUUUGAAUGUAAUGCUCACCGUUGGAGAUGAUUCCUGCAUAGUAUCUUUUUAAUAUUCCCAUUUUAAAAUGUUUUUGAGGCAUUACCUCUCAUGUUCAAGGAGAGCAACACGCUUUGAUAUCAUUCCCUAAACGGGUUGAAAGAAACAAAAAGAGAUGUAUUUUACUGCACAUCUGAUAAACUGGAAGAUGAAGAAAUAUGAUUGUCUUAAAAAGCAUCACCUGAAGUCGUUGAAAGCUGUUUUUUAAGCACAGUCACAGUAGUUCUACCUCAGGUUGUAUGAGGAAGAUAUACAGUGUCUGCACGUCUCCAGUUUGGAGAAGACACGGGAAGAUUGACAGGGAAGCUAAGCAAUGUACUGCUGUGGUUGGGAACAGCAGCUAAACAUAUUUUAGACACCUAAAACAUCCAUAUUAUUUGAGUGUAGGCUAUAUAGUAUUUAGAGUUUUUUUCACCACUUUUUGUCUUGUAAGACAGCUCUGUUUACGUGGGGGAGACUGAGACCAUUAUCUAUCGAGGCAGGGUUAGAAGAGCAACUCUUGUGUUCAGCAAGGCAAAAUUUACUGUAUUUGUCAAUGAAGUCUGGUGGUUUUGAAGAGAGCAUAGAUAACAGACUCAGUUCCUUGUCAGAAAAGGUUGUCUGACGGCAAGGUAAAGCAGUAAAAAUAUUAGAAAAAUAGUGUACACUUAUUCUAAUUUUGAUUUUUGAUUUUUUCUAUUUUUAGCACCCGUCCACAGCGGUACAUUGAUUAACUUCUGCGCUGUUUCUCCGUUCCUGUAGGUAAUACACUGACUAUGGAUCAUUAACUCAUAAAAACAAACACAAAUAAAUUUAAACUAUUCAUUUCACAUCUUUACCUCCAAAGCACUUUGAAAUACAUAUCCAUUUUACAGAAUAAGUCUGUAUUUCAGCUGUGCUCCCCUUUUACAACACUGUGCCUGGACUUCUCUGAGCAGAACUUUGGUUUUAUUAUGUCUCGACCACUCAUCUUUGUCAGAUACUACUUGAUCCACUGCUGCAGUGUUCAUUGUCUAUGCAGAGGGGAAUUCGAAAAAAGGUCUCUAUGCAAGUCUUGUGUUUCUGCCGUUCUGCCUAUAAAAAGUUUCUUUUGUGUCAGAAACCAGAUGUAUCCUGUGACGUGUAAUCAUUGUCUCUACUCCUCAUCAUCAGUGGAUGGAUGAUAAACUCGUCGUCUUGCUUCAUGAUGUUUAGUCAUAAAUGUCUUCCGAUAUUCUGUGCAAUCAAUUUUAUUUCUUUGCACCUUUUGUUCCCUCCAUCCUCCUGAUUAUGUUAUUG